AUGGCCUCGCUGGCGUUCCCUUCUAUGGCUAAAAAGGCAACCCUGUCUGACGGCACCUUGUAUGGCUAUGUCGCUCACCCCUCGUCCAGAGCUGGUGGGAUCACAUCUCUGCUGCUCCAUGGCUAUCCCAGUUCUUGCUAUGACUGGCGUCAUCAAAUCAAGCGGCUGUCAGCCGCAGGUUAUGGGGUGAUUGCUCCAGACUUGCUUGGUUAUGGCGACACAGACAAGCCGACCGAUCAAACCUCGUAUCGCUUGAAUUCCAUGUCGUUCCAUAUGGCCGAGAUACUAGAUAUCGAGAAUGUCGAGCGUUGUGUUGCCUUGGGUCACGACUGGGGCUGCGGCUUGCUUUCCCGUCUGGUCACAUAUAUCCCUGAUCGCUUGGUGGGAAUUGUUCCCACCUCAGUCGGGUACAUACAGCCUGGUAUGGACUGGGACAUUGAUGUAUUCAACGCACAUACCGAGGACCUCUUCGGAUAUCCAACGUAUGGAUAUUGGCCGUGGCACAAUACUGAUGACGCUGUUGGGGAUUGUGAUGAGCAUCUUCAGUUUUUACACUCAUCUAUGCAGCCAAUCCAGAGGACUGGAAAAUCAAUCUGGCUCCUCGAGGCGCCGCAGCUCAAAGAGUACACCAUCAGAGACCGUAUCCUGGCCCAGGGAUACCGGGGCCCUAUGAACUGGUACAAAGCCGCAAUGCGCGGCGUCAACCGCAUCGAUGAAGCCGAAGUCCCAGAAGCGGACAGACGAUGUCAUCUACCCACGCUCCUCAUCGUAGGUGAAAAGGACUAUGUCACGAAGGCAGACGUAAACAUUGCUGUUACCAAGCGAUGGGCACACGAUCUGCGAGUGGAGAAUUUUGACUCCGGAUAUUGGGUUCAGCUGGAGCGACCGGACGAGCUGCAUCGAGUACUGGAAGAUUUUGCUCUGGAGUUAACUAGUCGCCUAUCAUCAUAG